CGUGACUAUCUCGCAAUCAGCUGAUCUCGGACUCUUUCCCGUAAUGCCGUUGCGAUCUGAGCAGUCAGCUGUUGUGUCACAAGUGAACAUCCUUAACCAACAAAUUGCACGGAUAUUCGUCUAGUUCUGGGCGAUCUGGGCAUCCAGGAACGUGUCGCGGUGCCGGCAUACCUCGGCAACCCAGCUGACUAGAUAAUACGACGAAGUUCUUUUUAGGAUGUUUAAAGAAAACGAUAAUGGAACAGGAGGAUGCAACGGCGGACCACCUCGUCCUCGGAGACUAUUUCCCCGAUUUUCCCUGCGAAGAUUAUUGUAUUCCAGUCCUCUCAUCGGUCGCCGCAUCACGAGAACGCCUAGCGCAAGUAAUAGGAAUGCAAAAGCUAAAGAUCAAACGAGCGGCAGGAUGACAGAUGUUGAGAAGGGAGAAGCCAGAGUAAGCAAUGGAUCGAGCCAUUUUCAAUUUCACAACAUAGAUCUACAACGUGCUUCCAGCAAAGGCUCUGUACUUUCUUCUGCAGGAAAGAGUAAUGAGAAUGGAUUAAUGGAAUGUCCAUUGUGCUUGGCCGAGCUACCAAUAGAAUUUUUUCCUGUUAUCCAAUCUUGCCAUCAUCGCAGUUGCUAUGAUUGUUUUCAACAAUAUCUGAAAGUAGAAAUCUCUGAGUCCAGAGUCAAUAUUGCUUGCCCUGAGUGUUCUGAACCGCUACAUCCAAAUGAUAUUCGGAUGAUCCUGAAUGAUCAAACACAAUUAGAGAAGUACGAGGAUUUUAUGGUUCGAAGAGUCCUCGCAGUAGAACCCGACGCAAGAUGGUGUCCUGCUCCAGAUUGCAGUUUUGCUGUAAUCGCCAGCGGUUGCGCCUCGUGUCCAAAAUUACGUUGCGAGCGACCUGGUUGCGAUUCGUACUUUUGCUAUCAUUGUAAAGCUCGCUGGCAUCCUAAUCAAACGUGUGAUGCUGCAAGAGCGCAACGUUCUCAAUAUUACGAACGUAGUUCUUCCUUAAGUUUCAGCCAAAGUGAUUCACAACAUAGAGAUGAUAUAAAACCAUGUCCGAGAUGUCAGGUUUUGAUUGUCAAGAUGGAUGAUGGAAGCUGUAAUCACAUGACAUGUGCAGUUUGUGGCGCAGAGUUUUGUUGGCUCUGCAUGAAGGAAAUAAGCGAUCUUCAUUAUCUUAGUCCUUCUGGUUGCACAUUUUGGGGUAAAAAACCGUGGUCUAGAAAGAAAAAAAUCCUUUGGCAGCUUGGAACUCUGGUGGGAGCACCAAUUGGAAUCGGUCUCGUCGCUGGUAUAGCAUUUCCGGCCAUGAUCAUAGGUAUACCAGUGUGGGUAGGACAAAAAUUGUAUACAAGAUACGAGAAAGCUAACAAGCACAAGAGAAAUGCUUUUAUCGGGGGAGUUACUGCAUCGGUUCUAGUGUCACCAGUAUUGGCAGGAUUAGCCGUGGGUAUCGGCGUACCAAUCUUAUUGUUUUACGUCUAUGGAGUGGUGCCGGUGUCUCUCUGCCGAAGCGGAGGUUGCGGUGUCUCCACGAGUGGUACCGGAGUUCGUUUCGAUUUUGAUGACGAAAACGAGCUGAUGGGGGCUCUAGGCGUGCGCAACAUAGACGCGGCAUCGAUAGACGUCGCGAGUCACCGGGGCGGCAAUCCUUCAAUAGGGGAGGCCUCGCUUUCGUUGGGUAGUGGCAGUCAGUUGGAGAAAUUGGGUCGGGAAAAUGAUCGCGAAAGCGCCAGCAACGUGGCCCUUGCUGGCACUAGUCUUGCGGGAAGUAUAGCUUCCAGCGUACUUCCCGGAGGUCAAAGGCUGGAGGUCCAGGCUGACGUUACGUCCACGCAACGCUUCAGUUCGUGUAGCGAGACAGCUUCCGCGGCUACUAGUUUGUCAGAAAAAUCCGUAAACGCUUCCAUUGCUUUAGACGAUGGUGCGGCCUCCACAAGAGCAUUGGCUGGCUCAGUUCUCAACUUUAAGAUUGAUGGUAGUUCGAUCAGUGGUGGCAGAAGUACAGAAGGAGAACAAGCAGCCAGCUCUACUAAUGGCGGUCACAUGGACUCUGCUGGACAGGCAACUUCUUUAAGUUCAUUAGAAGAAGUGGCACCUGGUUUAGCAAAACGAACUCGUCGUAAACUCACAUUUGAUCGUCAAUGUAGCGACUCAAGUAACUGGACUAUGUGCGGGGAGGACGGUGGUUCGGAACGAGUACGAUUCGAUGAUCACGUCAGUGUAAUCGAAGCAGAUCAAGAGAGGGUGGUGGGUGGCAAGUUGGAAAGCUGCGGAAUGAAUAAUCGUUCAACGGGAAGCCGUAAACGAAACAAAGAUACAGAACCAGAAACGGAAUCUCAAAAGUCUAAGAAUUUGAAUGGCGAGUUGAAUGUCGAGAGCCCUGUAGAUGAAACUUCGCGGGAGCGCAUCAAUGUGGCCACUUUAAGAAAUGUAUUUUUUCACACUUCAGUGGUAUCUACAGAUCGCGAGAAACGAUUGUCUGUUAUAGAGGAACCGAUACCAACAGUGUCACAGAUUUCCGGCAAUCAAAUAUUCACGCCUUGUGACGAAGGCCAAAGCCUUACUAGUACAGACGAAAGCUUGCAUUGCUAAGAAAUUUAAGACUGAGCCUGUGGAUGUCGAUGAUAGCACGUGUCUCUCAAAACGACGUAUGUAUAGAUGCGUAU